AUGAAAUGCGCAAUUUGCGAGUCAGAUGCUCUUUCUCUUCAUUUCGGAGCUCCCAGUUGUAAGGCGUGUGCCGCGUUUUUCCGGCGUACUGUAGCACUGGAAAUCACUUAUGACUGUAUUACGGGAAAUAAUGAUUGUGAGGUGAAUCAUGAACGUCGAAUGGCGUGCAAACGGUGUCGAUAUCAGAAGUGCAUUGACAACAAUAUGCAGAGAUACUUGGUACAAUCGAAAAAAGGACGUCCCGACGGCAAUAAUGAUGUCAAAAUGAAUGAGGAGACCCCCUCCAACUCGUCUACUCCAUUCUCUUCGAACACCCCGUCCACCAGUUCUACAGUACCCCUAGGCUCCGCCUCCUCUUCCCCUUUGGAUUCAGAUGAGAUUCAGAAGUUGAACGAGCACUUCUUCAAAAUGGACUCGAAUUUGAAUAAGAGUCGACGGAUGGCGUUUACCAACUCACGUCUUUUGGAUAUUUUCUCUGGAAUGUGUAAGAUGCCAUUCGAGAAGCACCAACUACAACCAUUCGAUUUCCGCUCCUACCGUGGCUACCAGAAGCAAGAAUACGUGAUGCUCUUCAACUACGCCAAUACCCUACCCGGAUUCCAGGACCUAUCCAACGCCAGUCAGAAUUUCUUGUUCCGAAUCGCGUGCGGUGUCGAUUUUGUCAUUAGUUCUUCGUAUUACACGAAUUUUAUUGGAAUGGAGUCGAAUUUAUUGAUUAAUCAAGACGGAACGUAUAUUCAGAUGAUGCCACUGCCUCUGUUGGGUGAUGAACCCGGGACGGAGUUGAUGUUUACAAAGAAAGAGGAGUUGGAGAAGUAUAAGAAUAUUAUUAAGCCCCGCGUGAAGUCAUGGAUCGAUUUUAUGCCACUCUACGAGUCCCUUGACCCGUCAUUCGAAGAGAACAGUAUCCUGAAGGCACUCUGCUGCUGGCAGACCGCUCAUUUCAAUUUACAAGAAUGUGAUAAGGAUACAGUAAGAAAACAAAAGUCUUUGUUGACUCAAUGCCUUCUGAAGUUGUGUAUUGACACGUUUGGAGAGGAGGAGGGCGCCGUUCGCGCCGCUAACAUCAUUUUGUUCUCAUCGUCGAUUUGUGCGGAAGUAAUGGAACUCGUGAACAGUCUCAUCAUCAUGUCAUUUUUCGAAAUAAUGGAUUGUGAUCCACUCAUCAAUGAGAUCCUAUCGACCACCACGCUUUUUUCGUGA